GCCCCCUAGUUUCAUUGACCAAACAACUAAUCAACUUUCUCCCCGUGAUCUCGUCCACACCGAAUAACGUCCACUCUUUUGCCUCCAAAAUCUGAUCAAAUUACCUAACCCGAUUCCAUACAGAAACAAACGACCAAAACAAAAACAAAACCAAAAACCAGUUGAGUGACUUGAUUCUCAAUCUUGGGUUGGUCAAAAUAACAUAAAAAAAGAAGAAGCAAAAACGUGUUUCUAAUAAACAACAAUAAAGAGAAGAUUCUCAUUUCAUGCUUUCCCAUUUCACGUUUCUUUGUGGGUCUCUUCGGUUUCUUUUUAUAUUUGAUCAAAACCGCGGUGUUCCUUAACGAUUAUUCUAAGAAAGUGAGCUUCGGAGAAUUGCUUCUAACUCGCAGUCUGUCUCUAUUCUUUCUUCAGAAGCAUACAGCCAAUUCAACUCGGCUAAGUUAUUGCAUCGAUAUAUUUACAUUUGGUUAGGCUCCUUCAUUAGGGUUUAACAAUGGAGAACAAACAGGGAAUACGAACAAAAAUGUUUGACAAUUUUUCUUCUGGAUCUGGAAAAUUCUUGCGACCCAUUCGUCAUCUUCUAUCAAAAAGUUCAGACGAAGCAAUGGCUGAUUCCAUAUCUGAGAGUGUUUUAGAGGAUUAUUAUAUUCCAAAUUACAUUCUUGUGGCUGGAUCUGAGGCCACAAAUGCUUCCCACAUACCUGCUUGUCCAGUGAUAGUGUUCAUUAACUCCAGAAGUGGUGGUCAAUUGGGUGGGGAACUUCUUGUCAGUUAUCGUUCUCUUCUUAAUGAAAACCAGGUUUUUGAUUUGGGAGAAAAGGCCCCUGAUAAAGUGCUGCAUGAACUUUAUGCCAAUUUAGAAAAGUUAAGGCAAGCUGGAGACAUUUUGGCUGCUGAAAUUCUGAAGAAAUUGAGAAUAAUUGUUGCAGGGGGAGAUGGCACAGCUGGCUGGCUUCUAGGAGUUGUUUCUGAUCUUAAACUAUCUCAUCCACCUCCAAUUGCUACAGUGCCAUUAGGAACUGGAAACAACCUCCCGUUCGCAUUUGGUUGGGGAAAGAAAAAUCCAAGCACAGACCGUCAGUCUGUGCUGUCAUUCAUGGAACAAGUAAAGAAUGCAAAAGAAAUGAAAAUCGACAGCUGGCAUAUCCUAAUGAGAAUGAGGAUUCCUAAACAAGGACCUUGUGAUCCCAUUGCACCUCUUGAAUUACCCCAUUCUUUGCAUGCAUUUGAUCGCGUCUCUGAAAAAGAUACUCUGAAUGUGGAGGGUUGCCACACAUUUCGUGGGGGAUUUUGGAACUACUUCAGCAUGGGAAUGGAUGCUCAAGUGUCAUAUGCAUUUCAUUCUGAGAGGAAAUUACACCCAGAAAAAUUCCAAAACCAGUUAGUUAAUCAGAGUACUUAUUUGAAGCUUGCUGGAACUCAAGGAUCUUUUGCUUCUCUUUCGCAGCCUUCUUCACAAUCACGGAACAUAGCACAGCUAGCAAAAGUUAAAAUCAUGAAAAAGCAAGGUGUAUGGGAGGACCUCGACAUACCUCGCAGCAUUAGGUCUAUUGUUUGCCUAAACUUGCCCAGUUUUUCUGGUGGACUUGAUCCUUGGGGAAAACCAUUAAGGAAGAAAAUACGGGAGAGCGGCUUGACUCCUCCAUAUGUAGAUGAUGGCCUUAUUGAGAUCGUCGGUUUUAGAGAUGCUUGGCAUGGACUUGUUUUGCUUGCUCCAAAUGGACAUGGGACUCGUCUUGCUCAGGCAAACAGAAUCUGUUUUGAGUUUCAAAAGGGUGCUGCUGACCAUACAUUCAUGAGAAUCGAUGGUGAGCCAUGGAAACAACCUCUCCCAGUGGAUGAUGACAAUGUAGUUGUGGAAAUUUCUCACCUAGGCCAAGUGAGCAUGCUUGCCGUCCCAGGUUGCCGGUCCAAAAGCAUAAAUGACCUCUCACCUGCCAGUUUCCCAGAUGAAGAAACCGAUAGUGUUGAAGAUGAAUAUGACGAAGAUGGGGAAGAACAGAGGAAGUUUGGUGCUGCUGACACAUUUAAAAUUCCAGAUGAGAUUGAUAUAGCUCAUCUCAGUUGAAUGUUCACUAACAAAAUAUGCAGAAAGGACUAAGAUUUAUUUUCUGUCAUUCUGAACAGAGUUGAAUGUCUGUGUUGCAUUGAUGAUACCGAUACUCAGGAUUCAAGAAUGUGAAGUACGAUUCCUUAAAGCAGAAUAACUUAUGCUAUGUUCAACAUCUCUGCAAUAAAAAAACUCCAUCUAGUGCACAGCUUCCAAAUCUUGAGGAACUUUACUUGGGGCAUAAUAAUUUCAGUGGGACAUUUCCC